AGAGUGUGGCCGUCAGUCACCUGUUCAGUCACAGUUCGCUCGAUUGGUUCAACUGUGCUACCUUCUACUUGGUCUUGAGUCAGAUUUUUUGAAAGCCUCACUCGUUUGAUUUAUUUAGCUCUAAUUGACCUCCAAUGAAGGGCGCCUUUCAAGAGUCAAAAUUCGAAAGGAAAUCUGGCGACACUUUGUUAGGGAGUCUUGUACGGAGUCCUACGUGGGAAUCCUGCGUUUGGUGUCCGAUGACAAGCAGGCAGCCUCUCACAUGCAACACCAACCGACACUUGCGGCGUCUUCAAAUUCAAUUCCACCAACAACGAGAAAACCCAAAACUUGCUUCAUUCCAAUCUAUUCUUGUUUAGCUUGUUUCUAUUGUAUUGCAUUGCAUUGCUGGCAGCUAACUAGAUAACCAUGGCGGGCAAGGACGAGAAGAGCAAAACAACGACAGUGACAAUGGCAGCAUCCGGGAACAGUCGGCCCGAAGGAUACACCAACAUUUGCGCCGAUGGACAUGCAUGCGACAAUGAUGCCACUUGUGUGGAAUCGCUGCUGGAAGAACACAAGUACGUGUGCGACUGUCACGAAGCCUACCUCCAAACGGGACGCGUCUAUGCCGGUCUCUCGUGUCAACAUGUGGCCACUCAGUACUGCACCAGCACGGGUGAAAUUUCUGAAACUUUGUUUUGCGUCAAUGACGGAGUGUGUCGCAACAAGGUGGGAGUCUCGGCACAGCAUCCCGGGUGCGAGUGUCCUCCCGAAUACAGUGGAGAUCACUGUCAGUACAUUGCCGGGGGGUCGGAACCAGAUGCGUUGUCGUACUUUUUGGAUGGGACCACUUUUGCAUCGGCCAUGGACGGUAGUACUUCUAUGAAUAGUAACAAUAAUGGGGUGUUGGUGACAACAGAGGGACCCGGAAUCAAUCCAGCCGCAAUUGUACUUCCCAUCUUGACAGUCACCUUGUGCGUUGUGGGGUAUCUAUUGUGGAAAUAUCGCACUCACAAUUUGAGGGGUCAUAUGGUCGAUAAAAACAAGGCCGUCGAUGAAAACAUGAUGGAUGCGGAUGGCAGUUCCAUGUUGAAGAACCCCAUGACACAAAUGAUGUUGGCAGGGCGCCGGAAUUCCACACCCGCAUUUAGCAGUACCCACAAGGCUGCCCUGAUGGAUCCACCGGAUUUUGAAGACUUGUUGGAACAAUCGGACCAUGUCAAAUUCCACGUGCAUCCCGCCACGGCCAAACUGUACGCAUCCGAUCCCAUGUUGCAUUACAAUGGAACCAGUGACACUUCGGGGUCGGGAAGUCCCACCAGUUAUUCCGAAGAAUACGAUAUUGGACAGUCGCAACGAUUUGAAGAGUACGAUCCCAAUGAUUUUGGGACCCACAAUAUCGAACCGGCAUUGGGUCCGCGUCCCGAAGAAGAGGAAUACGAAGAACCAACCGAUGAAACGACAACACUGACAUGAUGGUCAUGAUGAUGAAAGUUACGAUUGGAAUGAUUCCAAUCAUUCACAACAAAAGAUAUACUAUAGUUAAGCAGUAAUACUAGUAGACAAUGGGGAAAGUUAUAAAUGAUCACGGUUUUU